CAGUUCACAGGGAGCAGCCACAGCCACAGGAAAGAUGCAGAAGCACAAUCAGAAGGAGCACCUCUACAAACUGCUGGUGAUUGGAGACCUGGGAGUGGGCAAAACCAGCAUCAUCAAGCGUUAUGUCCACCAGAACUUCUCCCCCCACUACCGGGCCACCAUUGGGGUGGACUUUGCCUUGAAGGUGCUGAGCUGGGAUGCUGAGACUGUGGUACGGCUGCAGCUCUGGGAUAUUGCGGGUCAGGAAAGAUUUGGAAACAUGACCAGGGUAUAUUACAGAGAGGCCAUGGGGGCAUUUAUUGUCUUUGAUGUUACAAGACCUGCAACGUUUGAAGCAGUGACAAAAUGGAAAGAGGAUUUGGACUCUAAGUUGGUUCUUCCAAAUGGCAAACCAGUGCCGACAGUCCUCUUAGCAAACAAAUGCGACCAGGGAAUAGAUGUUCUUAUGAACAACGGCAUCAAGAUGGAUCAGUUCUGCAAAGAGAAUGGGUUUGUGGGCUGGUUUGAAACAUCAGCCAAG